AUGUCUACCUCCGGUGGUAUACAGACGUACACCUCCGCGCCUGUUAAUUCCAACAAGGAAGAAGGCACUCAUGCGUCCACUUCACAACCAGAGCCCGCCACCACAAUCGAGUCCUCGAUUACGGCGACAUCGCAGCCCGCAAACACCUCUGCGACAGCCACAGCACCCUCCUAUUCCCCCAUCUAUGCAACUGCACAGCCAGAAGGCUCUGCAGCACAGGCCGGCGCAGCACCAAGCCUGCCCGUUCCAACAGCAGGCACUCAGCCAGGCAACAUCUCAGCGACACCAACAACCACAUUCCCAACGGCCACAUCUGCACUAUCACCGCCUCCUCCACAACCAGGCGCUGUGCCACAGACUAGUCCUCCAGCGGCGCACUCGCCAGUGCCACCUCCACCUAAGGCAGGCGAGGCCGUAACGCCCUCAGCACUCGCACCCCAACCUUCAGCCUCAUUCACCCAGUCCUACUCCUACCAGCCUUCGCAACAUUCAAUCCCGAACUCAACAUCCACUCCGUACUCCUCAGUGUACCAGACCCACGCCGGCGCCAGCUCGUCCCGCCACCAGGGCCUACCUCUGCACUCCAACAGUGGCAGAGGCGGCGGCGCAAACGAUAUCUUCCAAGAUGAUGAGCCCUCGCUCAUGAACACGGCUAAGUCGUGGAUGCAGAGUGCGGGUACGAAGCUAGCGGAGGUUGAGGCGGAAGUUUGGAAGAAGAUUAACAAUGCGCAUGAUGAGUGA